UUGCUCCGCACACAACAUCAGCAACAGGCGGGCACACACACACACGGGAGGGGAGUGAGAGAGAGAGAGAGCGAGCGAGCAACAGGAGGGGGAGAGAGAGAGAGAUCUGAUGUUAGCCGGGAGGGCUCUCUCUCGAUGCGUCUCGUUCUUCACAAGAAACGCGGCGGUUCAUCUCUGCUGAGAAACUCGAGGAAGCUCAUCAUCAUCAUCGUCCUCCUCCUUCCUACCUUUGCUUCUCUUUGUCUGUGACCUCCAGUCCAGCAGGCACACUCCGUGGAUGUGUGACAGUCGCAGGAGCUCGCGGCCAACGUGGAAGAUUCGUGAGCGAGUCUGAGAGGCGGUGACGGACGAUGUCGGCUCUGUAGACGUCGUUGCUUCGGCAUCACCAAGCGGCUCCAUCCGUGCUCAGCUUCGACAGCAGCAAGAGCAGCAGAUAAAGCCAUCAUUAUCAUCAGCCGCUCGUGAUCAUUCAGCGCAGUGCACUGCGUGUCUGUGCGUGUGCUGGAGCUUCGGGACAAGGUAACUCUUUGACGUGGCGUUGUUGAACAGCAACAUCGCUGGAGAGAUAAGUGCGCAUUGUCAUCAUCUCCUGGUCGCGGAGUUCGCGAGCACCUAUUAACAACACCAGUGGGAACAAAGACACACGGCCAAACACACACACACACGUGUGUGCCACAGCAGCAGUAGCAGCAGAGAGAGAGACACGGGGGUGUACACCUUGCCCACCCCACACAGCAUUGUAGGCACAGAAGAUCAACAGGGCAGAGACUGUUUUUUGGGGGGGGAGGGGUGCCGAGCAGGUCUUAAAGAGCCGAGCACGCAACGCCAACCCGUAGUUAGGACGACAUCCCAGCAAGCGAAGAUGACGGGUAAUGACCACGAGCUCCGUCCCAGGCUGUGCCACAUCGUCCGCAAGGACACCGGCUACGGCUUCCACCUGCACGGCGAGAAGGGCAAGCCGGGACAAUUCAUCCGCCGUGUCGAGGAGGAUUCCGCCGCCGAGGUGGCUGGGCUCAAGGCGGGCGACCGCCUGAUCGAGGUGAACGGCCGCAACGUCGAGGGCGAAUCCCACCAGACGGUGGUGUCGCUCAUCAAAUCGGUGGCCGUCGAGACGCGGCUGCUGGUCGUGGACAGGGAGACGGACGACAGGCUCCGGGCACUGGGGCUGCGCUGCGUGGAGGAAUUCGCUCAUACGGGGAUCCCAGCUUCGUCGGCUGCUUCUGCUGCUUCUGCUGCUGCUCCUACAGCGGUCGUGGCCGUCGAGCGAGAGGAGGGCGGUGGUGGUGCAGAGGAGGUCGAUGGAGGUCGUGGCAGGUCCACGGCCAAUGGGAAAGGUCAGAAUGGGGCCCAAGAUGCCGCGCGUGGAGGUGGCAAGACCCCGGUUCAGGAUAGGAUUUCGGACACAAGCAGUAGCGGUGGGAGCAGCAUUGGAAAGGUGUCCUCUCCGGGGACGCCCGUCGAGCCGAGGCCGCGCCUCUGCCACAUGGUGAAGGGCCCCGGCGGCUACGGCUUCAACCUGCACAGCGAGAAGAGCAAACCGGGCCAGUUCAUCCGCGCCGUCGACGACGGCUCCCCCGCACAGCUCGCCGGCCUGCUGCCCCAGGACCGCAUCGUCGAGGUGAACGGGGUGAACAUCGAGGUGAAGCGGCACAGCGAGGUGGUGUCGCUGAUCAAGGCCGGCGGGGACGAGACGCGGCUGCUCGUGGUCGACCCCCCGGCGGACGAGUUCUUCCGCCGCUGUGGCGUGUCCCCCUGCCCCGCUCACAUCGCCGGUCCCUUGCCACAGCCCCUGCCGAACGGGACGCCGAAGAGCCGGACCAACGGAAGCCUCUCCGAGAAUAACAGCAGCGAGCCUCCGUCUCCCAAGCAGCCCGGCGACUCUCCACCCUCCCCGUACUCCCCUCCGGCGAGCGACGGGGACGCCAAGCGGGACCCGUUUGCCGAGGUCGGCCUCGACCUGCGCCUCAGCGUGGCGGACGCCAAGGAGAAGUUCGUGCGGAAGCGCGGUGGCCGGCGCGCGCCCCCCAUGGACUGGAGCAAGAAGAAGGAGCUGUUCAGCAGCUUCUGAAGUUCGCACGUUGUGCACUCACCGCCCCCUACCCACCUACCCCCCCCCCACCACCCAACCCACCCCCAAAAGCUCACAGCGCGCACGGCCCUUUUCAUCCACUGCAGCCGCACAGCCUCAGCCUCCAGAGCGAAACCUCCCAGCAACCCACGGCCCCACAGGCUCCCCCACGGUCUCCCUCGCAGUUCCCGGCCACCGAGCUUCUCAGCCCCCCUCACUCCUCAUGUCCCAACCCUCCCAACCGACUUCCCAAAUUACAACCUCCUCCCUACCUCCUCCUCCUCCCCCAAUAUCCCCAAGCUCCUCCUUGCCUCCUAGCCUCCAAACCAAAUUCCCAGAAAUCAUUUACCCUCUUAAUAUCCCUGCCUUCCAACCUCCCAAUCUGCCAUUCCCAGCCUCCCAGCCUCCCAGCCGAGCCUUUUGAUCUCCCAUCUUCCCAGUCUCCCGUUCUCUCAGCCUUUCCCUUUUUGCCCAUUGGUGCCUCCCCCCCCCCCCCCCCCCCCCCCCCUCAGUGGCAGCUCGUGGCCUUGGUUUUAAGCAGGUGACAAUCUCGGAAGUUUUCCUUUUUUUUCUUUCUUUAGUAAUUUCAGAGCCAUGCUCUCGACUUCUUGUCACGAAGCAAAGGCCAUCCUCAUUUGGACUCUCGGCGCUGGCUCGUGCUAACGUUGUCAUUCGCUGAACUUCUGUGGCGGACAAAAUAACGUUGUCGUAUCUUAUAAACUCCUCGGGGAUCGUCCUGAUUCCACCGAGACCACAUCUGUCAACGUUUGUUUGUGUCUGUAGGAGUAGAUGCUUUUGACAGAACGGACAAGCGGAUAAGACACACGGACGCUAAAGGCAGAGAUCCCCUAUACAGCCGGCAAAUAAUAUUUGGGCCAGUGCUGUGAGCGAGCGUUCGUUGUGGCCAGCACGGCGCACGAGCGGGUGGGUGGCAGCCACCACCAUGCGCUCGGCAGACUUUUCUCAUCCCGGUGCCGAAGGCUGCAAUUUAAGGCUGACGACCUCGUGGGAGGGCCAGAAUCUUUGUCUUUGAAACUUCAGAUACCCAAACGGACGGAUAGAUUAUUGUUUUACAAACUUGGAUUAACGCCUGCAUGCCUCGCCUGGAACUGUCACUUCGCGUUGGAGUUUGAUUGCCGCUCAAACCAGAACCACAAAGCUGCUGCUGCCACUUCCCCAACAACACCCAAGACGAUUCCGGAGUGAACACACGGACAUCGUCAAAAUCAGUGUAUGCGUUUAACCUGCCAUAGUCUGCCCCGACUCACCUCCCUCUUGUCCCUCGUCAGAGAAAAUACAACAUAUAUGUGUAUGAUAUUAAACACGCAUGGUGAUUAUAUAGAGCGGCAAAUACACUUUUACCAUGAUUUAUUCUCCCACACACACACACACGCACCUACCGCCCCUAACUCCCCCACGCUACUCCCACAAUGCACUUGGCUCACAUGGCACGCGGUCAGUUUGCGGUAAUUGACUGGACAGUUAUGUGGAUUGAUAGGAUAUUGUAUUUUAUUUUAUUAUUAUUUUUAGUUUCCUUCUUUGUUAUUGAAUAGAGGAACAUUUGGAUGUAGCUCGCAGAUUUGUAAACGGUCCGCCCGGGUUAAAGGUCACGAACUAUGACCUACGAAAAUCACGGAGUCCGCUCCUUCAGUUCAUCUGAAUGAAUUUUACCACGAUUACGGAAGCGUAGAUUUUGUUGUCGUCGUCGUCGAUUGCGAGUUGAUCAUUUAUUACAACCAAUCCGAUUUAUAUUUGCCGACGAGCAAAGGAAAUGACGUGUCGGGAAUUUGCAAGUUUGCUUCCACGGAUUGUUAAUUCAUCGAUUAGCGGUCGCAUUUUGUACUAAAUUUUCACGAUUCCUUGCGACGGUUUCGGCUUUCUAGCGUGUAGCAGUUUUUCCCGUCGGCCUUAAAAACUGGAAGCUCAGUGUUAAAAGAGAUUGUUGUUGUUAAUAAUUUUACUUUAGGUAGGGUGGGGGGGGUGAGCAUUUGCGACGAAUACACUCGAUUUAACCCGUUAUCUCGAACUAACACGCUCAACGUCGACAAAAUAAGCGUGCUCGAGAUUUAGUUUAUUUUUCUAGCGCGAUGGUGAACCUCCUUUCCCCACGAUUUCGCCAGCACGUUCACGUGAUGGCAACUUCUCCCCCCACCCCAACUCGCUCGAAGCGGCAUUAAUAUUCAACCCGAAUCGUGGCUGACGUUUUGAUUGGCAGUAUUUCAGUUUCGACCGUUGAGGCUUUGCUUUGUAUGACUUUGUGACGCAAAAGUCGAGGUGGGAAGAAAAAAAUAUUUUGGCAUAGAAAAAAAAUCCCCACUUUUGACUUUUCACUCUGUGCAUGCAAUCUUCUAAUAAGGGUUCAAAUGUUAAAAUAAAGAAAAAAAAUCUUACAAAAAAACCAAUGUUCAAUUUCUACUUGAGUUUUCACGAGUUUGAGAAAGCCGACGACUCAUCUCUCCGGGACGCUUGUCCAUUGCCCUUUAUCCAGUGGAGGAAAUUCCACAUUUCUCUGACAGGGGUGGGGUGGGGGGGGGGUGGUAAGUGUAUCCACAGGACAGCCGUGAUACUCAUAUUUAUCCUUCUCCGAGCGAGUAAUGAUAAUGAUGACGACGAUGUGAUGAGCCGCCGCUCCCUCACCGCGGACUUGGAACGUGCGACCUUCCCGAUUUGCGAGCGAGCGCCCAGGCUGGAUAAUAACGAAUACGUGUCUGGUGCAUCGUGCGCAAGCUCCACACUCUCAGGGUGUCGUCGCCUUGAUGGUUACAGGUGGCCUUAGCUCCAUGGAAAAGGACAAUCUCGAUUAAACUUGUGAACAUAUGCUUGUUUAUACGGCACGCCUCUCUCUCUCUCCCCUGUGGACUAUACUUACUCUAAUAUAUUUUUGUACGAUUGUUUGAAAGCCACUCAAAGUGUUUUAAUGCGAGGAGACCCAUUUUAUAUGGAGGCACCUUGAGCAUUGCCCUGUGCUCGUAGGCGACUUGCGCUAAUGAUGCACCAAUUCAUCGAUUGGUAUUCAGUUCACGAUGCAUAUACGCAUCGAAUCGCACCUGUAAGAAUGUUUUUGUUUCCAAUCGGAUGUUUUUUUGUAAUGAAUUCACGUGAUCUCCCCCCCCCACCCCCCUCCAGCCACUACACUCGCCAAGCUGGCAAAACAAUAAUUUAAUCUUGAAUCGAGUCGCUAAUUCUACACACGGACAUUCAUUACGAUCGCCGUGAGGAUCAGGUCUCGAUUCGUUCCAUCACUCAACGGGCAACUAACUCCAGAAUCGGAAUCGAUGUGUAUUUAUACUGCAGGAGGAAUCCCAUGAGCUAUAAAGCUCUUUUUCACAGAUGUCAAGUAGGGGGGCGUCAGAACGUUACCACAACACACAAUACAAAAAUACGUUAGGAGUGCAACGUUUUGGAAAGGUAAGCAAAUCACUCAAAAAAAAAUGUUAUUUAACCAGCUAAAGCCCACUGAGCUAUUAGCUUGUUUUUCAGAAGCGACCUGGCCACAAAUGAUCGCUCACCGAAGUGGCUUAGCAUUACGUGGAAAUGUAGAGCAGCAGCCAAACAAUCUAAACGCAUCUUCUUGGUUCUUUCGGUAAAGUCACGUAGAAGGGAAAUAAUAAAGUAAUAAAAUAAAACAUAAUACAAUAUUUCCCACAACGUUUCGGCCACAAUGCAAGCAGCCGUCCUCAGGUGAAGACCAGGUCUAUCGAGGACAGCUGCUCACCUGAGGACGGCUGUUUGCGUUGUGGCCUAAACGUCGUGAGAAUUAUUUUAUGUUUUAUUAUUUUAUUACUUCCCUUCUACGUGACUUUACCGAAAGAAUCAAGAAGAGGAAUCCCUGUAGUCACGAAAGCUUUAAAUCGAAAUCUAAACGCAUGUUUCUGAACUCCACUCUGGGCUCUCGAGCCAAAAGUUGCACUUCAGUGUUGAGUUCGCAGGUCGUGAUCGGGGCAAGCGUGGGUUGUCGUUGUUUAAAGUUGGGCAGCCCGCACGUCGCCGAUUGGCCAAUGCGGCUUCUUCUGCGACUCCGACGUCAACUCUGCGUACGAUAGGUCAUCGUCUAACUUGACGGCCACAACAACCGCGGUCGCCUCCCCUUACGAACUGUUGGGGCAAACCUCAUCGCGGUGGCGGGAGCGUUCCAUUUACAUACCCUGGAGAAGAGGUGAUGAUGGUGAUGGUGAUGAUGUUGAGGCAACAUUAGCCAGGAUUUUAACGUGACGUUCUCAUGCCCGGAGAGUUCUUGGCACUACCGAUGGCUCUAUUCUAAUGAAUUGUACGUGGUAAUAUGUAAACAAGCACACAUACACGCACGUACUAAAACAAAAUCGUACGUUCAUUGGUUGUUAUCCGCAUAAUCAACGCACCACUAAUUUUUGCAGUGUUUAAACGUUCGCACGAUGCAGUGUCGCAUAAUUUACCCGGAGUGUUGGAAGGAUUGCGAAAUAUGUCACCUGGAAAUGUUUCAUUUUAGAUGAAUGAAUUUAUGCAGCGCCGUCAAUCCGCACACUGCAGUUGGGGGUCAAAGGCCGUGCACGUAAUGAAUUCGUGGAUCACCACCAAUGUUGGGCUGAAACCAUUACAGUUUAAGCGCCCUUUCACGUGGUAAUCAUCGGCCGUUGGCAGUGGUCGAGAAGAAAUAUCCACACGAGUUAUUGGUACGGAUCGCAAAUGCGAAUUUGUCCAAUCUAUUCUAUUUUAAUAACUGUAAUGACAACUUAAUGGGUUCCUAAUUCAAGGUCAGAGAAAUGACUCCAUUUAUCUGAACAUCAGUCACCGCGUCCGAAAUGUAUUCAUUGGGGGAAUUAAAUCUCGCGGAGGUAUAAUUACGGUCCGUCCAAAUCUGUUUUCCCAAAUCGUUUUUAACUCGCGUACAACGGCGCUCACUGCGGCAUAACGACAACAAAAUCGGAAGCCUCGAGUGGCGUGCGGAGAUAAUUUUAAGACGAGAAAAUGAUGCCAAAUUAUAACUUGUGCAUCAGCUACCGAAAACCAUUCGGCGUGCUUCGUGAAGGUUCAAUAAGCCUCUUCAAUGAAAACACGUGCCCAUCCGCGACGCGACCACGUGCUGCGCUCGUUUGUGCCGUCUUGCGAUUUGGGGGGGGGCACCCCCGAUGACAUCCGCGACACUGAUCGUCGUCAAGGGGUGCUGGCCGUGAUGACAUCUGACCUUGGCUGUGAGUUUCCUUCAAUACUGCGUGACAAGGCAUACGUCACAACACCGGUGGUUUGAUGGCAUUUCUUUUAACGAAAAUUGUACCCUACUCCAGGUGGGCCACUUAUAACGACUAAUCGCAAGACGGACUGAAAAUUACUCCUUAAAAAAUAAGGCAGGGGACCGCGCUUGUAAAUUCAAGGCGUGGCGUGGGACCGGUCAAGCCUCUGGUUUUUGGGUGACCGUCUCCAGUGCUACUAAGGGCAGCCACGAACGUACGUUAGCAAAUGAAAGGUGUGCGUGAUAACACUGGGGUCACCAUGGCCGUAACAAGCAAACACAAAUGUGGGUUUCCCGGGCUCGGGGUGUUGGCCACCCUGAGCCAGUGAUGGCAAAUUCCACAUUCCCAUGGCGGGGAGCAGCAUGUCUACGGCGAAACCGAUGUCGUUUGCCCGCAAGGCGGUGCACGGGAUGUUAGUAGGCCCGGGUUUAAGGCUCGCCGAUGAAUGUCCUGAAAGGUUCCACGUCUGUUGACAAUCUGAGCGUAUGGGACAGGCAAUGGAACGGUAACACUCGGUAGUUGGAUUGUUGUUGUGGAUCUAAUUGGUUCGUGCACGUGCAAGCAAGUGGUGCUGUGGGCGCUUGGAGUUGUGAGAGUGUGGUGGUGGGGGGGGGCAGACACGGGUAGGGUGUGCAGAGGAGAUGAUCAUCGAGGAGAAUCAUGUGGUUGUCCCAAUAAUAAACGAAGCCCACGCCAUGGGAAUGUGGAAUUUCCGCCACAGGAGGGGGGUGGCGGGGGGGACUUGUUUGGGCACAUUAAGGACAUUUUCACUGUCUGAUUUGAAAAGAGGGAAGUUGAGGUGGUUUAAUUUGCAGCAAAGUGGCUCCAAGUGGUGUUCUAAAUAUUUGCCGUUUGUUGUUAAGCAGAAUGUGCACUUUCGCGUCUGAUCUUCCGCGCUUCGAGCAUUGACUUAGUCCAUCGUGAUUGUCACCACGGGUCGAUAGAAUGGGUUCUCACUUUGUGAUCGAUCAAUUGUUGGGGUCGUUCUGUGGUGAGACUGGCCCUCGGUGGUGCCACCCGCAAUUAGUUUUGUAAUGCGGUGCCCGGGCAACCUUAACAGUUGCUCCCUAACAACGCUUGCCCCGACGAUACGAUCUGCUUGAAAGAGCGUGCCUGUAGCAGAGGCGGAAACGUAGAUCGUGCAUGUACAAAGGUUGAGUGUUCUAAAGCAAGCAAUCGUCACUUCUGAAAUAAUGUACUACGUUCUUGCAAGGCCUGAGGAUGACAUUUUCCCAUCCAUUUGACCGGUCUUUAAUCCCCCCCCACCCUCAAUAUAUUCUCUCAUCAAUAAAUCACUGAAUAAAUUCAUUUCCCGCACCUUCGAUGAGCACGGUUGAGGCUACGUACGGUGCGAAAGAAGUUCAAAAUAGACACAUUACACCCCGCCUCUCCGGCAAUUAGGCCCCGUUGUAUUAUCAUCAACCAGCAAAGUUAAUUCAUCCUUAAGUUAUUGGACGUUGGUCAGGAUUCGUGGUGAAAAGCACCAACUCCCUCACCGCCACCUGAUGAUGUUGUUGUUGUUGUUGAGUGGGGGGAAAAUACUUUACCUUGUGCUGGAAAUCGUUGGGAUGAAUACCCCUAACAGCCGACUAGUCUUUUAAGAGGUUCUUCAACAUGGUAUGUGUAUAUGACAAAGCAUCAUGAUGAUGAUUAUUAUUGACUAUCCCUUUUGUUUAAAAAAAAACGUAAGAAGAAAAAAAGAAUGAACUAUAUAGCGAAGAGUGUAUAUUUGUAAUUGUAAGAGUAGAUGUUUUUUUCUUCUCUUGAGUGGUAAUCUUCACUUUAAGUGCUGUUUUUCUUACGUUGCUAUCAAUUGUAUGAUUUCCCCCUUAGCGCAUGCCUAUAGCGUUGCAUCCGAGACGCUGCCGUUCAUCGUUUUGAUCGCCACUGAAAACGGUCGUCUUGUAAAGCUUCCUCGUGCUCCUAUUCAAUUUAUGUACAAAUUAAAAAACACACAAAAUAAACCACUUAUUAAAUUUAACAA